AUGGCACAAUUAAUUGGCAAAGUUAGACACAUCGAACACCUGAAAGUUGAAAAGACCAAAACCAGUCGAUACCAUAAGAAAGAGAAAGUGUCACAUAUCAUAGUCGAGGAAUACUCUUCUGAGGAUGAAGAGUUUGUCGAUGAAAGUAAGGCCAACGUGGCUGAACUCAAGCCUGGACCUCCUUACACGUGUAAGGUUUUAAAACCAUCGAAUGGGAAAAAUCCCAUCGAAGCAGAAAAAAUAGAUAAAUAUGUGGCAAAGACUUACACAUUUGAUGUAUCUAAGUAUGAUGAGAUAUUUGAUCAAUUGGUUAAAGAUGGUCAAAUCAUUGUUCCUCAGGGUUCAAAGGAUCCCCCUCUAGAGCAGAAAAAGAAAAAGGGAUUUUGUAAGUUUCAUAAAUUUCUUGGUCAUAAAACUUACCAAUGGGUUCUUUUCAGGGACUUGCUGCAAAAGGCAUUGAAAGAAGGGAGGCUUCAAUUUGGAGUAAGGCUAAAGAUGCAAGUGGACUCCGAUCCUUUUAAGAUUGAAGAAGUGUUGUACUUUGAACCUCUUGAAUGCAUGAUGGUGGAGACUAUUGAUGGUCUCAUGGAGUCUCUGGAUGUUGUGUAUCUAGCUGAAUCUUUUGAAGUACUAAUGGUUGAAACUAUUGAUGUUUUCGACAAGGGAGAUGAAGAUGAGAUGGAAUUAGCUUAUCCCUAA